UCGCUGCGCUGCACACGCGCAGGCAGAUGAGAGGCGGACGGGGGUGAUGACGUCAGCAAAUGGUGCAGGAAGAUGGGGGACGAGAGAGAUGAAGGAGAACAUAAACCGAGGCCAAACAGACCAUGAAAAGGUAUGAUGACAGACAGUCGCAGUCCGUGUGCUGGAACUGAUCAGACAGUAUGGGGCUCAGGCUGGGUGGCAAGGGACAACAGAGCCACAGGAUGGUGAUAUUUGCUGCCAUCCUCAUCCUGAUGACGCUCUUCAUCUUAUACAGCUCCAACAACAGCAACAUUGACGCUGUCUACGCUCCUUUCCAUGUGGUUACAAAUCAUGCCGUCAAAGUCACAGAUCUGAGGAAAUGGACAGGAAGAGAGGGCUAUGUGCCAGUUUAUGGGAACAAAAGCAUGACCAUGCACUGUCAUGACUGUGCAUUGGUGACGAGCUCCAGCCAUGUUUUGGGUAGUCGAGCGGGAGAUGAGAUCGACCGCACUGAGUGUGUAAUCCGCAUGAACGACGCCCCUACAACGGGGUAUGAAUCUGAUGUCGGGAACCGGACCACUCUGAGGGUCGUAGCCCACUCCAGCGUGUUCAGGGUGGUCCGAAGGCCAAGUGAGUUCCUACGACGUACAGACAGCCAGCCUGUGAUUGUUUUCUGGGGACCCCCAAACAAGAUUGGGAAAGAUGCCAAAGGAACCUUGUACAGAUUGAUCCAGAGAGUCAGCAUGACCUACAGAGACUUCUCUUCUUUCACUGUCACACCGAACAAGAUGCGCAGAUUUGACAGCCUGUUCCAGAGAGAGACAGGACGUGACAGACAAAAGUCUCACUCGUGGUUGAGCACAGGCUGGUUCACAAUGGUCAUAGCCAUUGAGAUAUGUGAUAACAUCAAAGUAUAUGGGAUGGUUCCACCCAAUCACUGUGGAAGAAAAUCUGGAUCCAAGAAGAUGCCAUACCACUACUACAAACCCAGGGGGGGUGAUGAAUGUGUAACAUACAUCCAGCACGAGAGCAGCCGAAGAGGAAACCACCAUCGCUUUAUUACAGAGAAACAGGUGUUUGCACGCUGGGCAAAGCAGUACAACAUCAGCUUCACUCAUCCCAAAUGGUAAAAGGACAUUUGUGAAGACAUUUCUCUGCAAUUCCAGAAGCAUGAAUGAGCAAUAUCGGCUGGAUUUUACUGGAACUUCUCCAAACGAGACCUUAAAAAACACAGACUAACUGUGAAGGCUAACUGUGAAGGCUAACUGUGAAGGCUAACUGUGAAGGCUAACUGUGAAGGCUAACUGUGAUGUCUAUUUUCAGGAACUGACAUAUCACACAAGGAUGAAAAACCUAAUAUCAGACCACAUCUCUGAGUAGAUGCAUGGGAAUGUUUUAUUUUUUAAAAGAGUGCUAAAAUUCCAUUUUGACCCUUUUCUUAAAAUAUAUCAUAUAUUCCACAUAGAUGUGUGGGAACCAUAUGAGAGCUUUUUUUUUGUAAAUAGAAAAUGAAUUUAAAAAGAUUUUUUACAUGUUUAUUUUUUUUAUUAUAUAUUGAAAAAAGAAGUUAUGUUUCUCAUGCUGAAGGGGGAUCAGCAGUCACUUCUAAUUAGCUAUAAGUGGCUUAUAAAAUAUACUCCAUAGCUCUGAUCUGUUCACUACACCAUAAGCAGUAAAUCCCUAAUGGGGUGUACAAAUAAUCUAUUUUAGGGCCUUACAAUACAGUAUAAACAGUGAGAGGAGAGGUUCAAGCAACCAUAAAAUACUUUGUCAGCAUCUUAACUGGACAAAAAAAAUUGUGUCUACAUAGAAACACAUUGUUUCAACUCUUAACACAAAGCAAACUUAAUCCAUGUCUGAAUCUGGCAGUUUUUAUGAAAUUCAUGAGACAAUCUGACCUAUCGUUUAUCGUCAGUUUAUUAUAUAAUGCAGUUUUUAUACUCUCUUCGAUGACGAGUACAGCAAACAUUCAUUUCACUUAACAGACAAACAUGCAGACAACAUGCUACCAAGACCAUAUUAGAGCAUCAAAAAUGAGGGAGUGUGAGGAGCUACUGAUGUACAGUCUGAGCAAAGGAUUCAUACGUGUUUCUCUCUGAUAUCAGCAAUAUAUUUUCUACAAUAUAGUGCCAGCUGAAAGAUUACUACCAUGUCUUUCAUCCACAGUAUGCAUCAUGGUCUUGUUCUUUUCUGACUGCAUGAAAUAAAGUGAAAUUUCA